CCGCGCGUCAUUGGCACUCUUGGCAGUUCGCCGUCGACCAUUGCUGUCAGCUGGACGGUUCCCUCAGAUGGUGUCGUGAAUCCCGUAAAAUCACAUCGAUCAGUGCGCGACGGAGCCAGAGUCAAGAUGAGCGGUGGUAUGCCAGAGCUGGGCUCGAAGAUCAGUUUGAUCUCGAAGGCGGAUAUUCGGUAUGAGGGUCGACUGUUCACCGUCGAUCCACAGGAGUGCACGAUCGCUCUGGCUAACGUGCGCUCCUUUGGUACUGAAGAUCGAGAAACUCAACUUCCUGUGGCACCACAAAACCAGGUGUAUGAAUACAUCCUGUUUCGCGGAUCGGAUAUCAAAGACAUCAGAGUCGUUAACAAUGUUAGUUCUAUCCCUAACGAUCCGGCAAUCGUGCAGAUGACAGUGCAGCCAUCUAUGGGCCAGCAAUCUUAUCAACCGCAGCCCAGCUAUGGUCAUCCGAUGAUGGGCCAGAUGGGCCCGAUGGGUGGCCAAUACGGAACCCCUUAUGUGGGUAUGGGUGCUAUGGGCCCCGUAAUGGGAAUGCCAACCGCAGCUAGAGAUCCUCGCGGACCUAUGAAUAAACAGCCAAGUGAGUUGAGCUUGGGCUCCACCGAACCCAUCUCUAUUUCAAACUCACUGCCGACGGCCAAUAUCGACCCAUUACCAAAAGAUCAAUCUCUGGAAGAUGGUGUAUUAGAUCUCAUCAGCGGUGGUUCUCGUUCUACUACUCCUACAUCAUCCUUGUUGACAAGGAAAAGUCCAACUAUGGAUCAAGGUAUUCAGGUAGGACAUGAACAACAGCAGCAGGGCAAUAACAUUGGCAAAUUGAAUGACAAGACAAAUAUUAGGACCGUCCAACCGCCUCGACGAGAUCAUGAUAGUCACGGAGGUACCAAAAACAAUACUGGUAUGCCUCAAUAUAAUGAUGCGAAGAGGGAUAUGAUGAAGCAAGAUGGACAGAACCAAGGUCAUAUGCAACAAGGUGGUCGAGGCAAUCGCGGUGGUUGGGUAAAUCGUGGCAACAUGAGAGGAGGUCGAGGAGGUCGAGGACGCGGUGGAUUCCGUACAAAUCAAGUGAACAACACUGGUGCCAAGCCUAAGAACACUGAAAGAACAUUGAAGUUUGAAAACGAUUACGAUUUCGAACAAGCUAACACUCAGUUCGAGGAAUUAAGGUCACAAUUGGCAAAAACGAAGAUCGAUGGUGCUGAUAAUGAGAAAAAAGACGACAGUGGAAACGAGACAGGUGCUGGUGAAGGUGAACCCGAAGAGGAACCUGAAAUUGUUCACUAUGACAAGUCGAAAUCAUUCUUUGAUAAUAUUAGCUGUGAGGCUGUUGAAAGGAGUAAAGGGCGAUUCCAACGUACGGAUUGGAGAACAGAACGAAAAUUGAAUUCAGAAACGUUCGGUGUGGCUUCCACGAGACGUGGUGGAUUCCGUGGCCGUGGUUACUACAAUCGCGGAAUGGGAGGCAUGUACAGAGGCGGUGGUGGCGGCAAUGCUGGAUUCCGCGGUGGCUAUCGAGGUAGCAGGGGCGGUAAUCGCAAACCCCCUAAUCAACUACAGAAUAACACGGGCAGUCAAAAUCGUACGACCAACGAACAGUCUGCCUCUCAGUCGCAGGCAAACGUUAUCUAAAUAAAAAAAAAAAGAAUGUAAUUUGUCACCGGUACGGCGUGAAAAAGAGUAAAAUAUACCGGGAAGAAUAAGUGGUGCGCUGCUAUGUAUAAGUAUACAACUAUAGAUUAAGAUUUUUACGAUAUGUGCUCUGCCGUUACGGACUGAUUUGGAUUAGAAUUUGGCAGUCAAAUAACAGAAGAUACACACGGCCGGAUUAAAUGUAGAUUAUAUUAUAUAACAGAGCGCGCGUUUGCAAUCGCCAAACCGGUGGUUACGACGUUAGGUGACAAGGAUCGCACACAUGGAUGUUGCUGGCGCAUAUGACUUUUGCAUCGAUAUUUUGCGGCUGGAUGAUCGAAGAAGGUACUUUUAAGGACAAAUUUUCUUAUCGCUUAGUCGACAAUGAUCACGAUGAAUUGAUAUUAAAAGAAUAGAACGUUUUUGUCAUAGACAAGCGACGUCAAUUAUGAUCAGGACGUUCUUCGAUCUUUUUUAUAUUAAUAAUUAUUUGUACGAAUUCAGAUAUCUAGGGACAGAAAUUAUUUGUGAGGAAGCUAGUCGUAAGUUUUACUUGAAGUAAAUAUUAAUAAAAAUUCUUAACGGAAUAAUAUGAAAUUGCUUUAAACGAACCAAUGGUGUAUCUGUUUGUAGUUAGGGAAACAAAUUGUACAAUUCAAUCGUGAUCAUUAUUCAGUCCGGUUUUCUCAAGACUUGACUAUAAAUAAUUAUGGAAUGGCUUUAUGGUGAUGGUGACUUGAUUAAUACUGGUCGUUAUGGAAUAGCUGGCUUGUAUCCGUAUAUCGGAAGUGAAUGGCAACAGACGUGCAUAAAAGUACUUUCUCGUCAAAGUACGUAAAAAUCGAUUGUAUCUAAUUGCAUUUGUCGAGAAUAGGAAUAUUGUGAGGUAUAUAGUACAAGUAAAGGUAAAUCUGAUAAAAAUAGUAUUCUUUUCUUUUGUUUUGGUUUUUUGGAAUGUACGCAGACAAAGUUUUUCACAAGUCCUCGGCAGUUCAUAUAUAAACGUUUGAUUUUACUAAGGCGGAUGAAUAUAAAGUGGGAAAUAAGCGAAAGCGUUUAUAUAAAAAUUUUUGUAUUAUUAAAUUGUAAUCUUACGAUGUCCGCCUAUUCUUUCUUUGCAAGAUCUGCAUCUAGAAUUACGGAAGGUGUAAACGUCAGUCUUAUUGUAAGUAACUAAGUUCUAAAUCAUGUUACGUAAUUGUCAUCGUAUUUUGCAAUUAAGGAUUCCUCGAUUGCUUUCGUAUGCAUAGAGUAAUCUUGAUUAAUACAAUUAUAAGACUAUAUUAUAAUCAGUGAUUAAUUAUAUCAAACUUACCAUUUAUAUAAUGUUUACAAAAUUAAAUUUUUUCAAAAACAUUCGUGAUUAUAUCUCAAAAUAGUACAUUUUUUUUGUUUUAUUAACUUCAAAAUUAGUACACACAUCUUUAAUGAAAAAUUCGUACUCGAUAUACAUGUAUACAAACGAAAGAUAUUUAAAUAAUUUAUUAUUAAAUAAUUUUCCAUUAGAUUAUCAUGUAAAAUAAUUAGUAUACAUGUAUAUUUAAAUUAAUCUAUUUUUCUUCCAUAAAUUUAUUCAAUCGUUCUUGGACCGGGAACGUUUUAAAUAUGUUAGCGAAGUGUGCACGGGUCACGCAAAGCUCAUGACAAAGGUAUUCAAGGCGUUAAACGCAUAAAAAUAAUUUAUUUGUAAUCUCAAUUGUAAUCGACUACGCUCUCGAAGAAUCCUUUCGGAUGCACGAUGAUGCGGCGCGUAGAAUUAUGUUAAUGGCGAUGCGUGUAAAACUAGAAGCAUGAUAAUAUCCUUAAAGAUGUAUGACAUGGAAGAAGCAGAAUAAGAAUAUUAUUUGCGAACUAUUAUUUUUCUAUGGCUCGUAUGGAGUCCCCAAACUCAUACAGAUAUUAUAUACAUACAUACAUAAACGCAUACGUAUGCAACUUGAGAUUUACAUAACUAAUAAGCAAACCUCCAAUACACUAUCAGAGGAAAUGCAGAGUGAGGUAAAACGGUAACAUAGGACUAUAAAAACGAAACAAGCGAGUAGAAAAAGAAAAAUAUGGUGAGUAAAUUUAACUUUUAAGUUUCAUGCCUCGGGCAUGUGAGAAAAAUUCAUAAUGUACGCGAGAAUGAAUUUUUGUUUUGUACAGCGGAUAUAUUGUGAUUCCCGAUGCUGAAUAAUAUUGAAAUGAUGAAAUACA